ACGUGACUUCUGACAUCGAUUGACCAAUAUUAAUUCAUUAUAAUUUUAAUAUUUUAGUUUAUAAUUUCUUAAAUUUUCAAAGGAAUGGAAAAUUAUAAUAAAUUAUAAUUAAAAUUAAUAAAUUAGAUUACAGCAUAAUUGUUAUAAAUUAAUUAUUUUCAUCGAAAUUUAACUGUUAGUGCAAAAAAAUUCGAACCUAAUCAUGUGGACUCUAAUACUAUCACUUAUUGCUGGAUGGCUAGGAAUUUAUUUAUUAUAUUUAUACACAAAAAAUGAUAUAUUUAAAAAAUCAGGUGUUCCGCACAUAAAACCUUGGCCAUUGUUAGGCAACAUGGGACCAGUAAUUUUUAAUAAAACUUCCCUACCUAAAAUGAUAGCCAACAUUUAUAAAUCAAAAUCAAAAGCAAAAUAUUUUGGAUUUUAUGAAUUUAAAAAUCCAAUUCUCGUUAUUUGUGAUCCAGAAUUGAUUAAAUCGAUUGGAAUUAAAAAUUUUGAAUCAUUUACAAACCGUAAAGGAUUUGCUGAUGAAAAUCAAGAUCCAAUUUUAGGCAAUGAUUUAUUCUCUCUAAAAAAUGAUAAAUGGCAUCAAAUGAGAAAUAUAUUAACACCAUCAUUCACAUCAAGUAAAAUGAAAAUAAUGUUUAAGAUAAUAUUUCAACAGGCUGAUAAUUUUGUUAAUCACAUGUUAAAUGAAAAGAAAACAGAAGUGGAUGUGAGAAAAUUAUUUCAAAAAUUAGUGACAGAUUUAAUAGCAUCUUGUUCUUAUGGAAUUUCAACAAAUUGUGUCAAGGAUCAAGAAAAUGAUUUAUACAUUAUAGGACCUCGAGCUGCUAAUUUGGAGCAAUUAAAACGUAAUAGACUUCUAUUAACCAUGUUUCCUGUAAUAUGUAAAAUGUUCAAUAAGUCCUUUCUCGAUAAUGGAAUAGCGAAAUUAUUCAAAAAUAUCGUCAAAUCUACAAUUGAUGAAAGAAAAGAAAAAAAUCCAUUUAUUUCAAAUAUGAUACAUUUAAUGAUAGAUGCGAAUGAUAAAAAUAAAAAUAUCACUCUUAAUGAAAUGUCCGCACAAGUUUAUGUAUUUUUUAUCGCCGCAUUUCAUACAACUUCUGGAGUAUUGACAUAUUUGUCUUAUGAACUAGCAAUUAAUCCAGAAAUACAAAAGAGACUUCAAGAAGAAAUUGAUUCACUUCAGGAAAAAUUUAAGAAAAAAUUAUCUAAUAAAAUUAUUGAUAACGAUGCUUAUAAGGAUAUUAAUGAUUUGAAAUUUUUGGAUGCUGUUAUUAAAGAAACAAUGAGAUUACAUACAGUUGUACCACUAGUUGAAAGAAUGUGUUCUCAAAAUUUUCUACUACCACCAGCAUUACCGGAUUCAAAACCCUUUACAGUAAAAACCGGAACAUUUUUAUGGCUUCCAGCUGAGGCAAUACAUGAAGAUUCUAAUUAUUACACCGAUCCAAAAAAAUUUGAUCCUGAUCGUUUUCUCAAAGAUGAAAAAAUUCAUCUCAAUACUCCAAAAUAUAUGCCAUUUGGAAUUGGUCCACGUAACUGUAUUGCCUAUAGAUUUGCACUAUUGAUAUUUAAAGUUGUAAUUUUUCACAUUUUCUCUAGAUGUAGUGUUACAAUUUGUUCAAAAACUCCUAUUCCUUUGGAAAUGAGUGAUAAAACUUUAACGAAUAUUCCGAUAAAUGAAAUAUGGUUACAAAUCAAGGAACGAAAAUUGUGAUUCAAUUCUGUUUUAAUGGAAUUUAGUAAUUUUAAAUUAAAAUAUCAUUCUUUCUCUGUUGUAGUAAAAUUUAUAAUAAACUAAAACUGCAUUUUAAUAAUUAAUAAAA